CUAAGGUGUUCUACCGUGCAUGCAUGAUUUCGAAUCGAAGGUCACAUGAUUUCCCUUGUCACAUAAUUUACUUAUGCUCAAGAGGUUGUGUUUAAGAACUUUAACAAGCAAGACAUUAUCUAUAGAGGAGUCAUUGGAUUUACCUACCGAACCAAUGCCGAUGAUUUUUCCUUUUCUAUUGUCUCUCAAGAUGGCGUUCCCUCCUUUAGUGGGUUUAAUUUGAAGGAACUUGGAUGCAUCCCCGGUCAUGUGCUUGGAGCAUCCGCUAUCAAGUAAGCCUUAUAGAGUCUUCAACAAAUGCACCUUAACCGUUGAGGAAUCUCCUCAUGUUGUCUUUGUCGAAGAUGAUGCUCGCUUGGCGAGAAAGGUUUCUUGUGAUGAUCUUGUAGAUUCGUUGGAAAACAUCUAUCUCAACGACAAUGACGAAGGAAACAAUUCAAAGGAGGCACAAGAUGAAGAAGAAGAGCCACCUAUGGACGAGGAACAACCACGAGAGGAAGAAACGCCAAUGCCAAGGGCAUGGAGGACUUCAAAAGACCAUCCUCUUGACAAGGUUUUAGAGAAGAGGCAUUUUGCGACUUCGAUCAUCGAUGGUGCCCUAGUUUCCAACAAUGGGAUGGCCGAAACUGUGCUACUCGUUACCAUCAACGAGUCUAUGAACUGGAAGGGAGGUACACUGGAAAAGGAUUACACCACUGUAGAAGAUCCACCACAAAUCGAGAGGACGAUGGAGAACGGCAAAUCGGGAAAACGCAGAAACAUUGAGAUUCAAUGAUCGAUACUUCUUUCAGAAUCCAAUAAAAAAGGUUUGAUUUUCAAUUCUAAGAUUUCUGAGAGGGCGAGGUGGAGAAACUUUAGAUUUUGGCUAAAUCCUUGUCUGGUUUAGUGGCUUAGUUCUUGUUUUGAAUUUCUAAUUCGAAAUUCAUCUAUUACCCUUUGAAACCAGAGCUAUAAAGAUGGUAAUCGAUCUUUCAAUUUCAAUUUAGACUCAAAUGCUUCAUGUUUCUUUUUUCCUCAAGAUUGUUAAGAAGAAUGUUAAUGGUUAUACUACUAUAGGUUUGGCUUUAGGUUUUUCAUAGCUCAUUUUAACAAGACAUGCCAUUUGAAUAAGAACUGUAAGGCUAAACCAUCAAGUGAACUGACUGCAGUUGGUGUUGGUAAAGCCCCUGGGGUCACAGAAACUGACCUCAAUCAGUCUUCUUUUAGAGUUGAGGUACCUUUGAGCAUUGAAGGAGUGGCUGAAGAUCCUAAGUUAUGUAAUUCAGGCUCAGGGUACCUUGAUCACAUUUGUCACAACUCUUUGACAGACAAAGUGAAUUCAUUGGCUAGCCCAUAUAUUUUUAACCGUUUUUGUUAGGUCGUUACAUUGUCCACUUGAUUGCUAGAAAAUUACACCCUUAGCAACGUGCGUUGGAUAGGAAACACUUAAAAAUUCAGGAGAACAGAGGCAAGGAACUUGGGUUUUUUUACCUUUGCUAUUAGAGGAACUUCUUACAAUUUCCGUCAUAUUUUGCUCAAAUGUUAUGCUAACUUAUAUUUCUACAGGUUUCAUAGGAGGUAAUCCAUCUGACACGAACUCAAGUGGCAUAAUUGAUUUAAUAUUUAUUUGUGCAAUUUGCAUCCAAGUUAAGGUAGUCUCAUG